AUGGAGCAGCCUGAGAUUGCGGCGCCCUGGAAGCAGGAGGAGCUGGCCCAAGUGCCCAAGAAGGACAUCGUCGAAUUCCUGCAGAAGCAUGGCAACAACGCCUUCCUCCAGCGUCACAGCCUCAAGGGCAAGCUGCAGAAUGUGGCCAAGAACGUGAACAAGGGCAAGCUCGAUGCCGCCUACGCCGAUCUGUUCGUGUCCAAGGACUUCCGCACGGAGGAAGACGACAAGGAACUGGCCGCCAUUGAGGAGAGGAAGAAGGCCCAGGAGGCUCGAGCCAGCGCUGCUGCCAGCGGCCCCGCUGCCGACGCCACCGAGGAGAAGAGCGGCGUGCCUGAGAAGAAGGGCUACCGCAAGAUCGUGCUCAAGAAGGGCGACAAGACCAACUUCCCCAAGAAGGGCGAGUCUGUCUCUGUGAGGUACACGGGCAUGCUGGAGAACGGUCAGAUCUUCGACACGAACGUCGGCAAGAAGAAGUCGGCACUCAAGUUCAAGGUGGGCAUGGGCAAGGUCAUCCGCGGUUGGGACGAGGCCGUCCUCGAGAUGAGCAAGGGCGAGAAGGCCAAGAUCACCAUCGAACCCGACUGGGCCUACGGCGCCAAGGGCGUGCCUGGCACCAUUCCUCCCAACUCGACGCUCAUUUUCGAGGUGGAGCUGGAGGCCAUCGGUCUGUAA